AUGGCUGAUUUUGGUCCACGUGCACCUCAUGGGCCCGAUAUGACGGGAACCCAUGAGCCCUUGGAGGACAUGGACAUCCAUGAGAAGGGGGCUUUUGAUGCUCUUAUUCGUCCCUCCGACAGCUAUACACCAGAAGGCACCUACUGGGCCGACUUGUCCAUUCUGAGAAGGAUGAAGUUUGUGGGUUCGUACGAUGCGGGAGAGGCGAAGCGCGAGCUUAGUGGAAUCUGGGACAUGGUCAAGAAGGAUCCUCUGUCGCCCGUCUCGUACUAUUUCCGAAAUAUGGUCCUGCCUGGUGCUGGUCUGGGUUUGGAAGGUUACGUGCUAUUCUCUAUUGGAAACCUGAAACCUCUUUUCCAGGCUGCUUUCCCUGCUUGCUGGGAUAAAAACACCACCUGUAACGUUCAGUGGAUCCACGCUAUCGAUUACCUCGAAAUCUGUGGUAUUAUCGUUGGUCAGAUCUUGGUCGGAGUUUUGGGUGACUGGAUUGGUCGACGAUGGGGUUUGAUUCAGGAUGCCACAAUCAUGUUUGUCGGUCUGCUGAUGCUCACGGCCGCCUGGGGUGUCACCCAGAACGGCUGGAUUAUCUGUUACGCCUGGUCUCUGUUCUUCUACGGUAUUGGUGUUGGUGGUGAAUAUCCUAUGACCGCCACUAGCGGUAUGGAGAAUGCUGUUGGAUCGGGCAAAGUUUCUACCAAGGAGGAUCGCCUUCACCGUGGCCGCAAGGUUACCAGCGCUUUCUUGAUGCAGGGUUGGGGUCAAUUUUUUAACCAGGUCCUACUCAUCAUCUUGCUGCUUUGCUUCCACCACGGCAGCGGCAAUCCUUCUUACUCCACCGUCGCCGCUCAAUGGACCUACCGCGUUUCUUUCGCCAUUCCUGCUGUUGGAACCCUGUGGCUCGUCUACUAUCGUGCUUACCACAUGAAGGCUGCUAGCAAGCAGCUCAUCACAGCCAAGAAGAAGGCAUCUGUGACUGGUUACGAUUUCAACUCGCUCCGUCUGACCUUUAAGCACUUUGGAUUCCGCCUUCUUGCUACUGCUGGUACUUGGUUUGCCAAUGAUGUCUUCUUCUAUGGUAACAAGCUCUUCCAAUCCGAGUUUAUCAAGGUUAUUAGCCCUCAUUCUACCUCCAUCAUGCCUACCUGGCUUUGGAACUUGGUCAAUGUCGGUGUGUCACUUUGCGGGUACUACCUUGCCUCCUUCAUGAUCGACAACAAGCUAUAUGGCCGUAAAUGGAUGCAGAUCAUUGGUUUCCUAAUGGAUUUUAUUCUCUUUGUCGUGCCUGCCUUCCAUUUUGACUACUAUAAGUCCCCAGAGCACAUCAAGGAGUUCCAGACCAUGUACUUCUUGAGUUCGUUCUUCAACCAGUUUGGACCCAACUCGGUCACUUUCUUGGUUGCUGCCGAAGUCUUCCCUACACCCAUCCGUGCCACCGCUCACGGUCUCUCUGCCGCUGCUGGCAAACUUGGUGCUCUCCUUGCCUCUGUUCUAUAUAACUACAUUGAUACCCAAACCAAGUUCUAUGUUGUUCCCUGGUUUGGUCUGGGAGGUGUUGUCUUGACCUGGCUCUUCCUUCCCGAUACCACCGGUCUGGAUCUGAAGGAGCAGGAGCGCCGCUGGAUGUAUCUUCGCGAGGGCCGUGAGGCCGAAUACCAUGGCCCUGCUGUCCACCCCAAGCAUCUUUCCAUCUGGGAACGUUUCCGUGGCAAGGGCAAGUACUAUGAUGCUGAGCUUGAUUACAAGCAGAAGGUUGAGGAGUACCGUGCUGAGUGGGAGGCUGCUAUGAGCUCUAAGAUCGCCGAGAAGGAAAAGGCCGACCUGGCUGACGACACCGACGACAGCCUCCUCUCCGGCCACGUCCACGCUUACUUCCACCGCACAAGCCCCAUGUUCCGUGGCAUGGACAAGCCUAGCAAAUCCGAUAACUUUGCCCUCCCUCCUGCCGCCCAGCGUGACGAGACCAGUGAAGAUUCUAUUGAAAAUGAAAAAUAA